AUGGGUCUCAAUAAUAUCAUUAAAAUGACAGUGACAGGAAGUUCUCCCUUGAAUAUAUAUGCGCCAAAUAUUUUAUAGACAGAUUUAACAAAUUAAUCCCUUAAAAUAACUGGCGCAAGAAGCAUUUGGAUGAGGUUAGGAGUGGUAGUAUCAGAUAAUACAGUGCAGUUGUAUUCUGGUUAUGAUUCCAGAGUUUAAUUCGCAUAUACUAAAAACUAAAAAUUGGCAUUUAAUCCAUAUCCAGAAGAUAACUUUAUUGGCCAGGCAAGAGAAGACAAGUAUGAAAUUUAAUUAAAGGAUUUCGCUUUUUGGAAGAACUAUGUGCUAACCUAGACUCAGAUGCAGUCUUUAUAUUUCAAAUGGAUGAAUAACAACAUCCAAGUAGACAAACUAACUCUCUACUACAGAAUGUCAUAGUAUUCCUCAAAUUAUAGAAUUUAUGACUAUGUAAACCCGUUUUUUUAGUCAAGACGAUUUAAUGGAAGUUAUGGAGCUGACAUUAAUGUCUAAGACUAAAUGCUAAGUUUAUACCUAGAUAAUAUGAGAAAAACAUUUUAUUAAGAAUAUACUGACUUGAAUACUAGGAGCUAUGCAGUUUAUAACCUUGAAAUUUCUGAUACUAUUAUUUUGCCUACUAUUCCUAAAUAGAGAAAAAGGGUUGAAAGUUUUACUUUUGAAACUUGGUAUCUUUUCAGGACAUUACCUACACAGAUGAUCAGUUUAAUAAGUAACUGUGAUUAAAUAAGUGAAACUGGAUGUGAAAAUUUCGCAAUAAAUUUAUAGAUAGGUUCUAGUAUUUAAAGCACAUACUUAGACUUAUGUGGUUAAAGAUUUUAAAGUCCUUAUGAGCCUGGAAUAGCUGUUAAUACUUGGUCCUAGAUGAGAACUCCUAAUGAUUUAUUUUAUGUUUAUAAAACACCAAUUGAAAGCUUUAACCCACCUUACCUAGUGAGCUAUUGGAAAUUUUACCUAGAUCAAAGGUAGCUAUCUUUAUUAUAUGACUAUGCAAUAAACACUAGAGGAUAGUACCCUGUAAAGAAUACAAAUACUUUUUGGCAGAUUUCCACAUAAGCUUCAUUAUGCGAUAAUGCUGCGUCCUUUAUUCAUUCAUGUGUUUCUGAAUAAGCAAUGAAAGAAAACUUAUUAUAAUUCAAGUAUAAAGAAUCAAUGGGAAUCGAUUUUGCAUAUACAGGGGAGCUAAGUGUUGCUUAUGAAUUUUGGGCUUACAUGGAAUUCAAUUUCACUUAAUCUCUUCUUAUUCUUGAAUCUAACUCUUCAAUAACUGGCUUGGCAGGAAUUAAUGGAACAAUCAAUAAUCAAUUCGUAUUUUUUGAGGGAAUAGAUGAAAACAAAACUAAUACCUCUGUAGAUAUAAAAACUCAGGGCGAAUGGAUUCACUUGACUCUCUACAUACAUGAUCAAGAUUUAGACGUAGAUGGAAAUCCUAUCACUAAAACCGUAGUUUACGUAAAUCGAGAAUAAAUUUAUUCUUGGUAAAAUUUUUAUCAAGUCAAGGAUUUGUAGUUGGUUUCAAAUAAAUCUUCUUAUUGUGGAUAUUUAAAAGAACUUAGAACUUAUUCAUUCCCAUCAGACGCCAGCUCAUCUGUCCUAUACUUGAUAUUCAAGAAUUAUAGGAGUGUUAUAUCAUACCCAUUGAUAUAUCCAUAUCUAGAGAUUUACAUCACUUUCCAAGAUCUAUCAACCUAUGAGUUCAUAUCAAAUAAUCAAAAAAUUUAUAACGAUUUUAUGACAAAAGACAUAUCAGGUAGAAUAAGUAAAAACAUAUCGUAUCAAAUAAACUUUGAAAGAUAAAAUAUGUCCUCUAACAUUUACCAAUCAAAGCUUAUAAUGUGCAGAAACGCUGGAUAUUGGGAUGGAUUAUCCUGUUGA